CUGAGGCCCAGGUAUCCGUCAGUGCGCCCACCCGGAGCUUUACGGGCAGUCUCGCCCAGAUCUCGCGAGAGCGCAAGCGCACGUCUCGCGAUACGCGGGCUCGGGUGCAAAAGAGGGAGAUCUGAGCCGCGGCGGUGACGGCUGCAAGGAGUCUGAGGCGGUGAGAAGGGAAGUAAUCAUGGAAGACCUGGGGGAGAAUACCACCGUCCUGUCCACCCUGAGGUCUUUGAACAAUUUCAUUUCUCAGCGAGUGGAGGGAGGAUCUGGACUGGAUGUUUCCACCUCUGCCCAAGGCUCUCUGCAGAUGCAGUACCAACAGAGCAUGCAGUUGGAGGAGCGAGCCGAGCAGAUCCGGUCUAAGUCUCACCUCAUCCAGGUGGAGCGGGAGAAGAUGCAGAUGGAGCUCAGUCACAAGCGGGCUCGCGUGGAGCUGGAACGAGCGGCCAGCGCCAGCGCCAGAAGCUACGAGCGCGAGAUGGACCGCAACCAGGAGCUCCUGACGCGCAUUCGGCAGCUUCAGGAACGGGAGGCGGAGGCGGAGGCGAAGAUGAAGGAGCAGCUGGAGCGCCACAGGUCGUGCCAGCAGAGUCUGGACGCGGCCAGCAGGAGGCUGCGGGAGCAGGAGGGCAGCCAGGCCGAGGCCGCGGAGACCAUCACCACAUUAAAGGGGAGGCUCUCGGACCUGCAGUGGAGCGUGAUGAACCAGGAGAUGCAGGUGAAACGCCUGGAGUCUGAGAAGCAGGAGCUGAAGGAGCAGUUGGACCUGCAGCACCAGAAAUGGCAGGAAGCUAACCAGAAGGUCCAGGAGCUUCAGGCCAGCCAGGAAGGGCUGGCAGACCAGGGGCAGAGGAUUAAGGAUUUGGAGCAAAAGCUGUCCCUGCAGGAGCAGGACGCUGCGAUCGUGAAGAACAUGAGGUCUGAGCUGGUGCGGCUGCCGGCGAUGGAGAGGGAGCUGCGGCAGCUGCGGGAAGAGAACGCCUGCCUGCGGGAGACGCGGGACACCAAUGGGCUGCUGCGGGAGGAGCUGGAAGGGCUGCAGCGCAGGCUGGGGCGGCAGGAGAAGAUGCAGGAGACGCUGGUGGACCUCGAGCUGGAGAAGGAGAGGCUCUUGACGAAGCUGCAGAGCUGGGAGAGGCUGGACCAGGCCACCGGCUUGAGCAUCAGGACCCCAGAGGACCUGUCCAGGUUCAUCGUGGAGCUGCAGCAGCGCGAGCUCGCCCUCAAGGACAGGAACUGCUCCAUCACCAGCAGCGCUCGGGAGCUGGAGAAGGCCCGGCUGCAGCUCCAGGACGAGGUCCGCCAGCUCGGCAGCCAGCUGCUGGAGGAGAGGAAGCGGCGUGAGACGCACGAGGCCCUGGCACGGCGGCUGCAGAAGCGCGUCCUGCUGCUGACGAAGGAGCGUGACGGCAUGCGGGCCAUCCUGGGCUCCUACGACAGCGAGCUGACCCCGGCCGAACACUCGCCCCAGCUGACCCGCCGCAUGCGCGAGGCUGAGGACCUGGUGCAGAAGGUGCACGCUCACAGCUCAGAGGUGGAGGCUCAGCUGUCACAGGCGCUGGAGGAGCUGGGAGGCCAGAAGCAAAGAGCCGACAUGCUGGAGAUGGAGCUGAAGAUACUGAAGUCGCAGGCGGGCCCAGCUGAGCAGAGCUUCCUGUUCUCCAGGGAGGAGGUGAGCUCACUCAGGUACAAAAUCACUGAAGCAGAAAAUGAGCGGAGCCGCCUGGAGGAGGAGAAGAAGGCGCUGGAGGCGCAGCUGGAGCGGCUCACCCUGCAGGGUGACUAUGACCAGAGCAAGACCAAGGUGCUGCACCUGAGCCUGAACCCGGCUGGCGCGGCACGGCAGCGACUCCGCGAGGACCAGCAGCAGCUGCAGGAGGAGUGUGCGCGGCUGCGGGAGCUCGUCCGCGCCCUGGAGGCCGGCGGACCCGUCCCCGCCCACCUGGAGGCCGCCGCGGGGCUGCCCUCGUCCCGGGAGGUGGCAGAGCUGAAGAAGCAGGUGGAGAGCGCGGAGCUGAAGAACCAGCGGCUGAAGGAGGUCUUCCAGACCAAGAUCCAGGAGUUCCGGAAAGCGUGCUACACGCUGACUGGCUACCAGGUGGACAUCACCACAGAGAACCAGUACCGGCUGACGUCCAUGUACGCCGAGCAGAAGGCCGACUGCCUCAUCUUCAAGGCCACAGGCCCCUCGGGCACCAAGAUGCAGCUGCUGGAGACGGCGUUCUCACGGACCGUGCCGGCGCUCAUCGAGCUGCACCUGCUGCAACAGGACAGCAUCCCCGCCUUCCUCAGCGCCCUGACCCUCGACCUCUUCAGCCGCCAGACGCUGGCCUAGCCCCGGC